UUUAUCAUGGAUAUUCUGAAUUAUCAUUGCUACACAAAUACUCAUAUGUACAUUUGUGCAAAAAAUAAAUAAAAAGAAAAAAUAAAUAAAAAUAUUAAGACAACUAAGUGUUAGACUCUGUUCCUGUCUUGUGUUGUGUUCUCCUCCCUCACAUGCUCCAUGACCCAGUUUUCCCACGUUUAAUAAUGUUUUAUUAGUUCCAGGUGUGACUCGUCAUCCCAUCAUCUAGUUAUGUGUAUUUAAAUUGUUUCCUGUUUUUAGUUCUCUGUCCGGUGUUGAACAUCUUCAUGUCCAUCAGUGUUUGUAUCCCUGCGGUUUUGGUUUUAUUAAAGUCUAUAUUGAGCAUAUCCUGCAUCUCCACGUCUCCUUGUUCCCUUGCUCCUUGCUCCUUGAGAAACUGUGAUAGAACACUGGACCGAAACAGUAUACAUGGAAAUAGCCACUCGCUUCUCUGCACUAGCACCAAAGAGAUCUCCUCUUUGUGGAGUGGGUGUGAGAGUUCUGCGGGAUCGCCGCAAAAACAGCACUGGACUAUGCCAUGCUAAACUCUCUGUUCUGGAUAGAGGCCAAUUACUAUCGCCCCGUGGUCCUCCAAGACACCACAGGACUGAGCUGGAGGGAAGGGAUCCUCUGGUGUUUGGAAAGCAUCCAGUCCCGAUCCAGAACCAGCCUGCCGCCCGUUCCCGAGUCAAGUCCGCCGAGAGGGCUCCAGUCCCCAAUUUUAGUGCAGAGAGGAUUCCAGUCCCUGAGUCUAGCACAGAAAGGGCUCCAGACCCCAUGUCCAGCCCAAGGAGGGCUCCAGUCUCCAAGUCAAGGGCCACAGUUCCCGAGUUAGGCCUACAGAGAGCCUCUGAGGCCGACAUUCUCCCCAUGGAUUUUUUAUUUAUUUUUUGGGUGGGGGGGAUUAGUAGGGGUCCAUCCGUGGAGGCUGGGCCGAGUGCCGAGCUCUGCUAUGACCUCCUGAACUGUCUACUCUGCCAUGGCUUCCUGAACUCCCUGCUCCACCAUGACUUCUUGAACUGUCUGCUCCACCAUGGCCCCCAGAAACUGCCUGCUCCGCCAUGGUCCCCUGAGUUCCUUGCUCCGCCAUGGCUUCCCAGUCUGCCUGAUCUGCCAUGGCGCCUCAAACUGCCUGAUCUGCCAUGGGUCCCGGAGUGCCCAUGGACGCACCUUCCGGGAGGAGGGAGUAAUAUCAGACUCUGUUCCUGUCUUGUGUUGUGUUCUCCUCCCCCAUGUGCUCCAUGACCCAGUUCUCCCUAAUGUUUAAUUAUGUUUCAUUAGUUCCAGGUGUGUCUCGUCAUCCCAUUGUCUAGUCAUGUGUAUUUAAAGUGUUUCCUGUUUUGAGUUCUUUGUCCAGUGUUGAACGUCUUCACGUCUGUCAGUGUUUGUAUCCCUGCUAUUUUGGUUUUAUUUAAGUCUAUGUUGAGCAUCUCCUGCGUCUCCACGUCUCCUUUUUCCCUUGCUCUUUGAGAAGCUGUGACAGUAAGUUGAUACACUGCAGAUAUUUUAUUCAGCUCAACUCAAGGUGCUUCAGUACAGUCUGUGCUCUUUGCUAAUGCAGACGGGCAAAUGGGUGCAAGUUUAAAAAAAGUGACAGCUACCAUCAGAGAUAAGGUAAUUGAAAUGAAAAAAAAUGCAUAUAAAACCUUCUCAGAGCAAAGUAGGAGCCACAGACACUUUCUGCAGGGAAGCCCUUUCGUUGUUACAGCAGUUCCCCUUUCGAUGCCUCUUAUAUUUCAGUCCAUUGUUACUUUCGUAUUUUCAUGUCACAUCAGCCCCACUUGACUUGGAAAAGUGGCUGGAACUCAGAUCCAUCCCAUUAAAAAUGCAUUAUCCAACUCCCUCCAAAGCAUUAUCCACUGAGUACUGCUGCAAAGCCACUGCCAACACCACUGAACAACACAGUCUGAACAUAUAGCUUACAUUUGGCCUGAAAUAUGAGAAUGAGAAAAUUGAACAUCGGUAUUAUGGAAAAUAUUCCUCAUCAUAAUAUUGCAUUU